CAUGACUUCAGUCAUAUCAAUUCUUAAACAGCACAAAGGCGAUAACCUUAGAAGGGCUGCAGUGGCAGUGGCAGCAGCAGCUAUUGCUGCUUUCCCAUUCGUAAAACAAAUGAUAAGUAGAAACUGAAGCACUGCGGCUGGACGUCGAUUGCAACCCAGAAUCGAUGAUGAACAACGACGACAACGGCAGAACUGUAGUGAAGAUUAGCUUUGCUAAUCAGCUCUACAGUGAGCUGGGAUUUAGUUUCAUUUGUUUCGUCGUUUGAAAGCAACAUGAAUCGGAAAAGUGGAAAAUUUAAGCUGUUGCUGCUGCAAUGUCUAUUUAUUGGCAGUUUCCUUUGGCACCAAUGUGGCGCCCAACAUCACUAUGGCGGGAAUGAUGAUUUUUCCGACUACGAAGAAGAGGAUAGAUACGAUUAUCAUCAUCCUUUGGAUCCGCGAGCUAAUUAUGGUUAUCGCUCCCCUGGUUCCCAUGCAGAUCGUUAUGCAGACGACUAUUCGCAGGGCGAGAGAGAUCCUUAUGAUACCAGAGAGGAAUAUCCAGAACCACGCAUAAUAUCACCACCACUUCCUGAUCUUCACGAUAGUGAUAAUCGCCACAAAGAAGAGAAUCCUGAACCACAUAUUAUCACUCCACAUGUUUCGAACACUGAGCACAGAAAUAUGUACGAGCGAGAACCAGAGAAUCCAGCACCAAGACCAAUAACUCCCCAUGUUUCAUUUCCUGACCACAGAAACAUGCCGUCAAGAGAAGAAUAUUUGGAUCCCAGGCACUCGAUUUCACAGGAAGAAGAUCCUCAGCCACGGCUCAUUACUCCACAUGUUUCGGAUUACCAUGAUAGAAACAUGAACGCGAGAGACGAACAUCCUCAACCACACCACAUAACUCCCCAUGUUUCCGGCAGCCAAGAAGAUAACAUGCGCUCGAGUGACGAAUAUCCCUAUCCUCAACAUGUUUCCCGAACCGAUGAUGGAAAUAUGCAUUCGAGACCCGAAUAUCCUGAAAAUCCAUCACAACCCUAUUCACCUCAUGUUUCCUCGUCAUUUGAAGAAAAUAUGCAGGCGAAACAGGAAGAUAACUAUGAGCCGAGUGAACGCGAGGAACGUCCUGUGGAUCCUAGGAUUAUAACCCCACCAUCACUUCCCUCACAACCCAGACCACAGGAAAAUAACUAUGUGCCAAGAGAACGCGAGGAACGUCCUGUGGAUCCCAGAACUUUUGCCCCAUCACCUCCACAACCCAGACAACAGGAAAAUAACUACGAUCCGAGAGAACGCGAAGAACGUCCGGUGGAUCCUAGAAUUAUAACUCCAUAUCCCAGACCACAGGAAAAUAACUACGAUCAGAGAGAACACGAAGAACGUCCUGUGGAUCCUAGAACUAUAAUCCCACCACCACAGCCUCCACAACUCAGACCAUAUGAACAUCCACAAUAUCCAUUCUACCAACAGGCCCGACCAUUGCCAUCAACUGGCCAGAGAUCCCAUAAUCCACCACCUACUAAUGCGGAGCCAUCGUAUGCCUCCACUCGUGAUCGUGUUCCCUAUCAGAGCAGUAGUAACAGGGAUGCCCACAUUGUAAACGUGCCACGGUUGGGUGCUGUCCAGGGUAUUCGUGAUUUCAAAACUAUUAAAAAUAGACCCAUCAAUGCCUAUUUAGGUUUAAAAUAUGCCACUGUGAGACCUGGCAUUGGUCGAUUCCAGGAAGCCAGCCCUGUAGAACUGAAUCCUUAUGCCAGCAUUGAUGCCACCCAGGAGCCCGCAAACUGUCCACAGUUUCCUGAUCUACCCGUUAUCACUGAGAAGGAGGAGCGAGGCGAAAACAUUGAUGAUUGCCUUACCUUAAAUAUUUACACGCCAGCUAAAUCUGGUUCCUAUCCUGUGCUGGUAUUUGUUCACGGUGAAAUGUUGUUCGAUGGCAGUGCGGAAGAGGGACAACCCGACUACUUUUUGGAACAUGAUGUGGUGUUGGUGAAUAUCAAUUAUCGUCUGGCUCCAUUCGGCUAUUUGUCCACACUAACCGAGGAUAUGCCCGGCAAUGUGGCAUUAUCGGAUAUCCAAAAGUCUUUGGAAUGGGUUCAACAAUAUAUACGCUACUUCAAUGGUAAUCCUGAUCAAAUUACGCUCAUGGGUCAGGCAGGUGGAGCAACUCUCAUUCAUGCUCUGAGCUUGAGCGGAAAGGCCCAAGGAUUAUUCCAUAAAUUGAUAUUGCAAUCUGGCACAGCCUUGAAUCCAUACUUCCUGGAUGAACAGCCCACCAGUACUCUGCGUAGUUUUGCCCACUUUGCACGUUGCCCACCCAGCCGUACUACUGAGGGAUAUGUUGCCUGUUUCGAGAGCAUGAAGACCACAGAUCUGUUGACCUUUUUCAAGAGAUAUUUUGAAAGCAACGAACCGCGUGGCCUGGCAUUUGCUGGUGCCUUCAAAUUGAUUGUUGGUGAUAAAUUGGGCUACUUGCCCCAACAUCCUGCCUCCAUGGUUAAAAAUAACACCUACCCAACUCUGGUGGGCGUGACCAAAGAUGCAGGUGCCUUUAUUAUGACCCGUUUCUAUGAUCAGUUGGUGGAUCUGCGUUCCCGCAAUAUUUCCGAUUACAUUAAUGUGGUACUGAAACAUACCGUCCAGCCCCGCCACUAUCAAUUGUGGAAGAAUUGGGCCCUCAUGCAUAUCUUUUCACCGGAAGAUAUACGCAAUCCCACCAUCCAGGGAUUGGUACAGAAACUAUUGGAGUUGGUCAACUUGAUCCUGUACCGUGCUCCUGUCAUAGAUAGCAUACGCUAUACCUCAAAGAAUGUCUCCACCUAUUUGUAUUGCUUUGAUUAUCGUGGUCAGUAUCAUCGUUUCGGCCACUUACGCAACCCUUUGCCUUUUGAGAUCGAUGCCACUCUGAGUGAUGACAACAUUUAUCUCUUCCCCUAUCCCGAAGAGGUUAGCCAAUUGAAUCCAUCGGACAAAUCAGUGUCGAGUUCGCUGGUACGCAUGUGGGUUAGCUUUGCGCAAUAUGGUAUGCCGGUUUAUGCCCAAUCCAUAUGGCCCAAUGUUAGUACGGAAUAUGGCCCAUUUUUGCGAUUCACCAAUACCAAAGCUGGGAACUUGGAAUUGGAUCAUCAUUUCGGCGAUGGUAUUCCAGUACCCAAUCUAUAUCCAGAAUAUUUCACCACAACGACAACUACGACCACUACAACAUCUACUACGACCACAACGACUACCACUACAACCACACCACGGCCAUACCAGCCAUACAACUAUCAACAACGUCCGCCCACCUACCCCAACUACCAGUAUCCAAAUUAUCAGCAAUAUCCAAAUCGUUACAAUUCUCGUCCAUAUAAUUAUCGUAGCUAUCAGCAGUCGCAGCUACAGCCACAGCCACAGCCUGGUGCCACCAAUCCACAUUAUUCCAAUUACCCGGCGAAUCACCAGUAACCUAAUUGCCGGAGCCUUCAUGUCGUUCAUCUAAAAAUAGUUACAUCAACCGCAUUAGUUGUUUAGCAAAAAAAAACUUGAUUUGUUGUUUUUUGUCAAAUGAAAUUUAUUAAUAAAAUACUGAGUAAUAAUAACAAAUAAAAUGAAGAAGAAUUAAAUAUGUAUGUAUUCCGCUCUUUACAUCUGUUGAGGUGAUCGCAGAAUUUCUAUUUCUUAUCAGCUUCACCUACUUAGCUGUGCGAGACUAGACCCAUACAAUAAAUGCUUCCUUAUUAACGCUA